AUGCAGCAAAAUAACAGCAUAACUGAGUUCAUACUGUUAGGAUUGACACAAGAUCCUGUGAAAAAGAAAAUGGUGUUUGUAAUCUUCAUUUUAUAUAUGGGAACGAUGUUAGGGAAUUUACUUAUUAUAGUGACCAUCAAGUUCAGCCGGACACUUGGGAGCCCCAUGUACUUUUUCCUAUUUUAUUUGUCUCUUGCUGAUUCCUGCUUUUCAACAUCCACAGCCCCCAGAUUAACUGUGGAUGCACUCUCUGCAAAAAGAAUCAUAACUUAUAAUGAGUGCAUGACUCAAGUCUUUGCACUACAUUUCUUUGGCUGCAUGGAGGUCUUUGUGUUCAUCCUCAUGGCCGCUGAUCACUAUGUGGCCAUCUGUAAGUCCUUACAUUACCCAACCAUCAUGAGACGGCAGGUCUGCACCAUCUUGAUUGUUCUUGCAUACUGCACCAUCUUGAUUGUUCUUGCAUACUGCUGUGAUUUGCAGCCCUUGCUGAAACUUGCUUGCAUGGACACCUAUAUGAUCAACUUAGAAUGGGUGUCUAAUGGCGGGACCAUUUGCACAAGCAGUUUUGUGUUUCUGAUGAUCUCGCACAUUGUCAUCUUGCUUUCCCUGCAAAACCACAGUGCAGAAGGGAGGAAAACUCUCUCCACUUGUACUUCUCAUAUCAUCAUAGUAAUCUUAUUCUUUUGUCCAUGUAUAUUCAUAUAUACACACACCCCAACCUCUUUCCCCAUGGACAAGAUGGUGUCCGUAUUUUAUACUAUUGGGACCCCUUUACUCAAGCCACUCAUCUACACACUGAGGAAUGCAGAAGUGAAAAAUGCCAUGAGAAAGCUAUGGCAUAUCAAAAUUACCUCAGAAAGCCAAAGAUGA